AGAGCACUCAAACUUUUAUAAUAACGCACGAAAAAAUCUCAAAAAACACCCUAUCUAGUUUUACAAUAUCACAACUCUACCGUUUGCAUCUUUUUCUUGUUGGAAAAGACCUUAUCCACGCUACCGAUCAACUUCAAAAGAUUUCUUCUGCAGUUUCUCAAGUCGAGAAGCUAGUGGGGGACGACGCCACCGAGAGGGAACGCGACACGAGAUCGCCAUCGCCAUGGGGGGAGGAGUCAUGCGCACCGCCGCGAAGGUCAGCAUCGCCGGGGGCGCGGCGGCGGCGAAAAGCGGCCGGUUCCGCAACGCCGCUCCGGUCUUCGCCACGGCCCCCGCCGCCGCGGGUUCCGAAGCGGCGCCGCUUGUCUCCGUCUCGAGUGGCGAGGUGCCCCCCGCCGCGGCGCAGUGGGCGGCGUCCUGGGAGCUGGACGACUGGGAGUUUGCGGACUGGAGGGACGACGCCGCGGCGGCGGCGGCGGUAGUGGAGAGGGAGGCAACGGCGGCCGCCGCCAAGCCCAGGCUGGUCUUCGCGCCGCCGUCGAGGGAGGAGGCCGAGGAGGCCACGACCGAGCUCAGGGACGCCGUAGAGAGGGCUUAUUUCAACGAGUCGCCAGUUGAGGUUGUUAAGGAACAAGAUAAAGAGUUUAAUAAACUGGCAACUGAUGCCAUGAUUCCUUCUAUGCCUGGACAUGUGGUUCAAGCUUUUACGUUGCUGAAAUCAAGCACGGAGGCUCAGAGUGUUGUCGCCUCCCUUGCAUCAGAUAGAAAUGUCUGGGAUGCAGUAUUGAAGAACGAGAAGGUUAUGGAGUUUUAUAAGACUCACCAGACAACUCUAGUUCAGACAUCCCCUAACGAAGCCGUCACAGUAGAGUUGCCGGGGAAGCUGGAAGAUGCUGCCUCUGAAAACACAUCCAGCGGCGAACUCCCCGCUGGCUCAGGCCUGAGUUUCUCCGAUUUCGUGGACAAUGCGAAGAAGACAGUGAUGGACGUGGUCCAUAACAUAACCGACUUCUUCAAGGACUUGUUCGACGACUCAGCCAAGACCCAGACUGGGGCAGGCCCUUCAGCAGCUGAGAAGGGCCCUUCUACGGCAGAUAUGGCUGUCGGCGGAUCCUUCAUGGCUCUGGCCAUAGCGGUCAUCCUAGUUGUUAUGUUCAAGAGGGCAUGAUAUAGCCAUGAGUAUCUUCUGGGAUCCACGGUGCUUUAAAUCUGUCGAAAAUUACUCGUCUAUCGUUUGGUCAAGAACUCCUGACUGUAAUGUAAUGUACAGCUUGUGUCCUUGUCCUUGGAAACAGCACACUAAAAGGCUAUCUAUGAUAUACAACGGUGUGUAUCUUGGUUUCUCAA